AUGGCUGCUGCUGCUUUUGCUCUUGCCCUACUUCUCUUCUCUUUCACCGCCAUUCUUUCAAGUGUUAAUUGGUGCGUUUGCAAAGAUGGAAGUGACGCAGUCUUGCAGAAAACCUUGGACUAUGCUUGUGGAGCGGAAGCUGACUGUAACCCUCUCCAUCAAAACGCACUUUGUUUCCAACCAAACACCGUCAGAGCUCACUGCAGCUACGCUGUGAAUAGCUACUUCCAGAAGAAGGGCCAAGCACCAGGAACUUGUGACUUUGCAGGAACAUCUACACCUGUUGCAUCUGACCCAAGUAUUAGUGGUUGUGUCUACCCUUCAAGUGCCAGUGGUGCAGGCACUAGCACACUCAACCAUUUUUAUUACAGUAAGAAUAGACAACCAUGUUAUGCCUUGUUGCAAAACCUACAUUCACCAUAA